AUGAACUUUCCAGUUACACGCCACUCUAAAAUGACUACGGCAUCUUCUCUCUUUCUUAUCUUCUUCACCAUUCAACAAACGACCUUCGGACCAACAAAUGCAUUCUGUGGAAAAGGUGCUCCGGGCUUUGGCCUGCACUAUGACGUAGUAUGCCAUCACUUGUUACCUGUACACAAGGCAACAAUCAACGAUGGAAAUAAAACUCUAAACAUAACUGCUGCGUUCUCGCCAGCCUCAAGCUGUCCUUACGUUAUUGAUGUAUUGAAAGUUACUGCACCUUCUGGAAAGAGUGGAGUUGUGGGAAAAUCUGUUGGCGAUCGGUGGUCUGUCGCUUGUGAGUUUGCGUGGUGA